AAGGUGUACCAGUUAAGAUAGGUAGAACUACCAAUAAACAUACUGCACCGACCGAAAAAAAUGGUUAUUUUGAUAGUAAAGUCCUUUCUAGAAUUCAUGACGAAGUCUGGAUUGACAAUGGAAAAGUCUAUAUCAAAGAUUUAAAAUCUAGCAAUGGUACUUUUGUCAAUGGAAGACGCAUCAGUGCGGAAAGUAAGGAAAGUGAACAUGUGGAACUAAAUGAUUACGAUUUAUUGGAAUUUGGAAUCGACAUUAAUAAUGAAGAUCGUAAGCUAUUAUUUAGUAAG